AUGUCCGCCGCGGCGGCGCUCUCACCACGGCCGCCACCGCCAAGUCCUGCCGCCACCGUCCAUUCCCUCCUCGCCUCCCUAUCCGACCCAUCCGCCCUCCGCAUCCUCCCGGCCCCACUCCUUGCCUUCUCCCAACUCCGCCACCUCCUGCCGCCCGCCGCCGCCACCGGACUCCUCCUCCGCCCCAUCGCCUCGCUCCUCCACCUCCACCGCUCCGACCUCCGCGUCGGCCUCCAACUCCACGGGCUCUCCCUCUCCCUCGGCCUCUCCCGCUUCUCGCUCCUCCUGCCCCGCCUCCUCUCCUUCUACUCCAACCACCCGUCGUUCCUCCCCGCCGCCUCCUCGCUCGCCGCCGGCUCCACGUCCCCCGAACCUUACAAUGUUCUCAUCUCCGCCUGCCUCAGCCACGGCCUGCCGCGCCACGCGCUCGCCGCGUACCAGGAGAUGAUCGACAAGGACGCCGUCCCCCCUGAUGCCUUCACUUACCCCAAAGUGCUCCGUGCCUGCGCCGAGACCGCGAACCUCGCUCUCGGGCGGGCGGUACACGUGCGCGCUGCGGACGCCGGCAUGGACGGGCACCUGUUUUGCCAGAACGCACUGGUGUCCAUGUAUGCUAAGUGUGGGGACGUUGUGGCUGCGCGUGGGGUGUUCGAAGGAAUGGAGCAUAGGGAUGUGGUGUCGUGGAACUCGAUGAUCUCAGGCUACGCUGCAUCUGGGCAGUGGAGAGAGGCAGUAGAGCUAUUUCGCCGGAUGCAGGCUGAGGGUGCAGAGGUGAACUCGGUGACAUGGAACACGAUUGCCGGCGGUUACAUCCAGAUGCAUGAUUAUAGGGCAGCAGUUGGGUUAAUUCGGGAUAUGGUGAGAGGUGGUGCAAGCAUUGAUUUUGUGACUUUGGUGAUUGGAUCGAACGCAUGCUCACGGGCAGGGUGGUUGAGGCUUGGGAAGGAGAUACAUGGGUUGGCAGUCCGAAUGCAAUGUCACGAAAUCGAUAGCGUGAUCAAUGCAGUGAUCACAAUGUAUGCCAGGUGCAACGAUAUGGAGCAUGCUCUCAUGCUGUUCAGAAUGAUGAGAUGCCCAGGUCUGGUAGCAUGGAACACUAUGAUAGCUGGUUUUGCAUUGUCUGAUGAUGCAGAAGCAGCUUCUAGGAUUUUCCGUGAAAUGGUAUGCAGUGAUGUGCAACCAAAUUAUGUUACUGUAGUCACCUAUCUCGCCCUGUGUGCCCGUGUUGCUAACCUGCAACAUGGGAGGGAACUUCAUACACACAUUAUUAAGCAAGGAUUCAAAGGGUACCGUUUGCUAUGGAACUCUCUUAUAGAUAUGUACUCAAAAUCAGGGAGGCUUUCAGUGGCUCAAAAUGUAUUUGAUACUAUGGAUGACCAUGACAUGAUAUCCUUCACUUCAAUGAUAGCAGGAUUUGGAAUGCAAGGAAAAGGAAUUGUUUCUCUGCGCUUUUUCAAACGGAUGAUUGACAGUGGGAUCAUGCCAGAUGCCAUCAUCAUGGUUACUGUACUCUCUGCUUGUAGCCACUCUGGGCUUGUGGAUGAAGGGGAAGAGCUUUUUGACAAGAUGGUGAAGUCAUAUGGUAUAAAGCCCCAAAUGGAGCACUAUUCUUGCAUGGUUGAUCUAUAUGCGCGUGCUGGACUAUUGGAAAAGGCAGAGGAAUUGCUCAACCAGACUCCCUUCCCUCCAACAUCAACUAUGGUGGCAGCAUUAGUAGGAGCUUGCCAUGAGCAAGGUAACAUAAUAAUUGGUGAAAGGUCAGCAAGGAGGCUCUUGGAGAUGAAGACAGAUAACGCUGGGCACUAUGUUCUGAUUGCUAACAUGUAUGCAGCUGCAGGUUGCUGGAAUGAGCUAGCAACAGUCAGAAAACUGAUGAGAGAUCUGGGUGUCAUGAAAGCACCUGGGUUAGCAUGGGCUGAUCUUGGUAACGGAUUCACCCCCUUUCUGGUUGGGGAUAGGUCCAACCCUCUAGCUCCAGAAAUCUAUGAGGUUUUGGAUGAACUAACUGAACAAAUGAGGAGUAUGAAUAAUUGCACUGAUCUAGAAAUACUAUCCAUGGAGGAACUCAGGGGGUAA